GRMAMAGACAAAAUCUUCAAAUGCAGUGUCUGUGAAAUGGAAUUUACACAAAAGUACUCUUUCAUGCGACACUUUAAAACGCACACUGGAGAAAAGCCUUAUGAAUGUAUGCACUGCUCAAGGAAAUUUGCAUUAAAAGCCACUUUGAAUGAUCAUAUCAGAACACACACRMGAGAGAGGCCCUUCGAAUGCAGUUUCUGCCACAAAGCAUUUGCCCGCAAGUCAACCUUGAGAGARCAUAUAAGAUCACACACUCAAGAUAGACGUUACGAGUGUUCUCUUUGCGAGAAGAAGUUUACCCGAAGCAAGUAUCUCAAGGAYCAUCUUCAGAUGCACRAUGGRACGAAAUCGCACCAAUGCAAUGUGUGCAAUAAGCUGUUUUUACUUAAACAAACUUUAGAUCGCCAUAAGAAAAUACACCUUGUGGAGAGACCUUUCAAGUGYUCUGUUUGCCAAAGGUCUUUCAACAGAAAGACUACCUUGGAUAACCAUCUAAAGUCACAUGAGACACCUAAUAAAGAGACUGAGUUURGUUGUCCUCAGUGUGGGAAGACGUAUACUAAGAARAAAUGUUUGCAAAACCACCUCAAAACACAUGCUCAAGAGGUGGAGAAGCAAACUGAAGAGAUGACAAGUACUUCUAAUUCAAGCAUUCAAACUUCACAUGAAAAACAUUUACAGUGCCCUCACUGUGAGAAGAAGUAUGCUAGCAAUAAAUGUUUUCAAAGGCACAUUAAUAAGCACACUGAAAACAUUUCAAAGCAAACCAAUGAGACAAUGACAAAAGAAACAGAGGAGGCGACGAGUACUUCUCUGGAUGGCCAUCAAGAGUCACAAGGAAAUAUGGUGCUGGAGUGCCCUGACUGCAGGAAGAAAUAUACCAGUAAGAAAUCUUUUGAAACUCACCUAAAAAUACACACUGAACAGAUGUUGGAAAAAAGUGAAGAGAAAACGAAAGAAACAGAGGAGGCGACAAAUACUUCCUUGGAUGGUCAACAAGAGUCACCAGAAAAGACUGUGCUGGAGUGCCCUGACUGCAGGAAAAAGUAUAUCAAUAAGAAGUCUUUUGAAACUCACCUGAAAAUACACACUGGAGAGAUGUUGGAGAAAAGUGAUGAGAAAACGAAACAAACUGAAGAGAUGGGAAAUAGUACCUUGGAAAGCCAUAAAAAGUCACAAGCAAAGACCGAGCGGGAGUGCCCUCAUUGUGGAAAGAMGUUUACAAGCAAGACAAGCAAGAAAACUUUUGAAAGGCAUAUCAGAACUCACGAUAUACAACUGGAGUUUCAAUGUCCUCAUUGUGGGAGGAUAUUUAUUAGGAAGAAAAUUUUUGAAACCCAUCUCAGAAGACAUGCUGAAAAUAUGACAGUGCRGGCAGAAACAAUGACGAAACAAAGCAAAGCGGUGAUGGAAAAAACAGAAGAAGCUCAGCAACAAAGUGAAGAUAUAGAGAARCGAAGUGAAGAGAUGACAGAGAAAACUGAAGAGGUGCUGAAGCCCACUGAACAGGCACAGAAACAAAGCAAAGAGWUAGAGAAUGAAAAUGAAAAGGUUGACAAACAAAGCAAAGAAAUAGAAAAACAAAGCGAAAUGAUGACAGAACAAAAUGAUGAGAAGAUGGAGCAAACUAAAGAGGAGGAGAAACAAAGCGAAAAGAUGGCAGAACAGAUCAAAGACAUGAUAAAGCAAGCCAAAGAGUCGGAAAAACAAAGUGAACAGAUGGAAAAACAUGGCAAAGAAAUGGGAAAACAAAGCGAAAUGAUGACUGAACAAACUUACGAAGUGAUGGAUCACAGUGAAGGCAUUCAGAAACAAAGUAAAAAGAUGACGGAACAAACUGAAGAGAUGAUGGAGCACACUGAAGAGAUGCAGAAACAAAGUGAAACGAUCACAGAACAAACUGAAGAGAUGAUGGAGCACAAUGAAGAGAUGCAAAAACAAAGUGAAAAGAUGACAGACCAAACUGAAGAGAUGAUGGAGCACAAUGUAGAGAUGCAAAAACAAAGUGAAAAGAUCGCAGACCAAACUGAAGAGAUGAUGGAGCACAAUGUAGAGAUGCAAAAACAAAGUGAGAAGAUCGCAGAACAAACUGAAUUGAUGAUGGAGCACAAUGCAGAGAUUCAGAAACAAAGUGAAAAGAUGGCAGAACAAAUCGAAGAUAUUAUAAGGCAUGUCAAAGAGAACUAAAGCGAAUAAACCAAAGACAUGUCGAAGAAAACAAGAAAGAUGGCGCAAUAAGCCACAAGGAUGUCGAGUACAGGGUAGGGCAACUUGUCACUCGUAAGUCACUUUGAAGUAUUGUAUAUAACACUGACAAUGUUACGAAAAUCUUGUCAUAGGGAAAUGUGGCAUUUUUACUUUUGAUUUGCAAAGAAACAGAAAUAUKACAUUAUAAAAACCAUUUGUAAUAUUCAUAAUGUUGCGUACUUUAGACUUAUGUUUGUAUCUUUCAUUCUUGUAAGAAAAAGCUCCUUUGUCUUAGCUCAACUUAUAACAUACUGCRUUUAUAAAUGCCGUGAAAAACGUUGAAUUUUAAGCAAGAUUGCGCAAUUCAAAUGAAACAAGGCACAUSAGUUUCAAGCCAGUACSCAGUCUACUAUAGGCCGAAAAGKUCUGACCAGCAUCAUUMAAACCAAUAAGCUCAUUUUAAAGAUCAUAUUCUUGCUACGUUUCAAGUCAGAACAAAUAUCUGUACUGAAAAAGACCUCGUCCCAUUUUGGUGUCUUCGUGGCUUUAAGAAGAGAAAUMUGCUUCCAAAAKAAACAAU